AUGGCGGAGGUGGUGGCAGAGAUGGCGGAGGUGGCCGAGGUGUCAACACAGGUGUCACCAGAGGUGGUGGAGAUGUCGACACAGAUGUCAGGGGAGAUGACCGAGAUAUCAACAGAGGUGACUGAGAUGACACCUGGGGAGGCCCUUGCCUCAUCCCUCUUCUUCCAGCACCACCAGUUCAUGUGCUCAGAGUGUGGCAGUCUCUACAACACACUAGAGGAGGUCCUCUCCCACCAGGAGCAGCACGUGCCCCCUGUCACAGAGGAGGAGGUGCUGACCACCCAGGACGCAGGCCUGGGGCCGGGCACGGAGGAUGGGCCCUUCCAGUGUGGUGAGUGCAGCCAGCUCAUCCUCUCCCGCAGCGAGCUCCUGGCCCACCAGGACGCCCACCUCCGUGAGUCUGCAAGCCAGAUCCAGUACCAGUGUGGGGACUGCCAGGAGCUGUUCCCCUCGCCUGAGCUGUGGGUGGCUCAUCGCAAGGCCCAGCACCUUUCUGCAGCAGCUGCCGAGCCUCCAGCACCACCACCUCCCCCUUCUCCACCUGAAAUCAAGAUGGAGCCCUAUGAGUGUCCUGAGUGCUCGACCCUCUGUGCCACCCCUGAGGAGUUCUUGGAGCAUCAGGGCACCCACUUCGACUCCCUUGAGAAAGAAGAGCACAACGGGCUGGAAGAGGAGGAGGAUGAAGAAGAUGAAGACGGGACGGAGGAUGAGGAGGAGGCAGCAGAGGUUGGAGACGGUGCUGUGGGAGGCGCCAAGUCCACAGCCAGCCGGGCCCAGGGCUGUGGGGACUGUCCCCAGCACUGGCCCUCAGCAGGGGCCCACCCGCGGCACCGACGGGCGUCUCGUGGCCCAGCGUCGUCAGCGGCCCACCCCUUCCGCUGCAGCCAGUGCCAGCGCAGCUUCAGCUCGGCAAACCGGCUGCUGGCUCACGGGCGGGCCCACGUCGGCGGCACCCACGAGUGCACCGCCUGCUCCAAGGUCUUCAAGAAAGCCGCCUCGCUAGAGCAGCACCUGCAGCUGCACCGCGGCGAAGCCCGCUACCUCUGUGUGGACUGCGGCCGCGGCUUUGGCACAGAACUCACGCUGGUGGCCCACCGGCGGGCCCACACAGCCAACCCGCUGCAUCGCUGCCGCUGUGGCAAGACUUUCAGCAACAUGACCAAGUUCCUCUACCACCGGCGCACCCACGCCGGCAAGAGCGGCGCCCCCCACGCAGCAGCCACGGCCUCCCCAGUUCCAGCGGAGCCUUCGCCUCCUGCGCCGCCUCCAGCCCCGCCUGCCCAGCUGCCCUGCCCACAGUGCUCCAAGUCCUUUGCCUCGGCUUCCCGGCUCUCCCGGCACCGCCGCGCGGUGCACGGGCCCCCUGAACGGCGGCACCGCUGCGGCGUUUGCGGCAAGGGCUUCAAGAAGCUGGUUCAUGUGCGCAACCACCUGCGGACACACACGGGUGAGAGGCCCUUCCAGUGCCACUCGUGUGGCAAAACCUUUGCUUCCUUGGCUAACCUCAGCCGCCACCAGCUGACCCACACGGGCGUGCGUCCUUACCAGUGUCUGGACUGUGGCAAGCGCUUCACGCAGAGCUCCAACCUGCAGCAGCACCGGCGGCUGCACCUGCGGCCGGUCGCCUUCGCCCGCGCCCCCCGCCUCUCCAUUGCCGGGCUCUACAACAAGAGCCCUCACUACUGUGGGACCUGCGGGCGCUGGUUCCGCGCCAUGGCUGGCCUGCGACUGCAUCAGCGGGUCCAUGCCCGAGCCCGGACUGCCACUCUUCAGCCCCCCAGAUCACCGCCCCCUGCCCCCGAGCCCCAGCAGACCAUCAUGUGCACAGAGCUGGGGGAGACCAUCGCCAUCAUUGAGACGUCCCAGCCUCUGGCCCUUGAGGACACGCUGCAGCUGUGCCAGGCUGCGCUGGGGGCCAGUGAGGCGGGCGGGCUGCUGCAGUUAGACACGACUUUUGUGUGACACAGCUCAAGAGCAGCAAUAAAAGGGUUUGGUCACAACGUUGAGUGUGAGUACCUCUGGGGAGAAAGCUUGCCAUCCCUCUGCAAGCUGAUUUGGCACCUACUGUGUGUCGGGGACCACCCUGGCCUCUGACCCACCGACUCCUCAGAACGGGCCUCUGUUGUCACCUUGCUCUACCUGAGGAGAAACUGAAGCUCUGACCCGUGAUGUGAUCUACUCUGGGUCAUGCUGCCGAGCUGCAAAGCGGGGUUUGCCAAGGCUCUUUGUGUGCUUCGCUCUGGUGGCCGGCAACAUCAGGUAACUUACUGAGGACCAACUGUGCCAGGUCUGUGUUGGGCACCCUCACAUACCUCUUCAGAUCCUCUGCUUGCCCCCCGGCCCUAGCCUUCCCUGGACUUCGGGUGCCCAGGACGUGGCUCUGCCUGUUGGGGGAAGCACCUGUCUUCUCUGGGGUUCCUCAGUCUCAGUUUUGACCAUGUGGAGAGAGAACUAUAGGCCCAGGGACUCAGCUCCAUACUGGGUGAUGCUGGAGACCCAGGAAUGAGCAGACAUGGCUCUUCCUUCAGGAAGCAUGCAUGGUCUGGUGGGAGGAACACACACGAGUACAGAUGGCCUUGGUCUCCAAUUUCGUCUCAUUUAUUCAUCCAACCCAUGUGUUCCAAGGCCGCCCGCCCUCGUGCUGGGUGGUGCUGGGGGCCAGAGACAGUCAGGCCUGAGUCCUGCCCUGAGGGGCCGACAGAUCUCAGCUCCCAGGAUUCUUGGGGCUGUGAUGGGGAGGUGCAGGGGCAGUGGGGCCCCAGAGCAGGAAAGCAAACUGAUGGGAGGUCAGGAGUCGGAGAAGACUUCCUAGAGGAAGUAGUCCUUGGAGAAAAAGGAUUCUGUUAG